UGUUGUCCUGUCCACCACAAUCUGCUCACACGCUUCCUUCAUUCCUAAAUAGGCAGCAGCAAGAAAAUUUUUCUUGCUCUGAUAAUGUCGAGCUCCGACAACCACAACACAUUAAAGAACAAGAAAAGGCUCUUCUUGAGCUUCUUUUCAUCUAUCCUACUAGUCACUGCCAUUGUUAGCAUAGUUGCCGGUGUAACCUCAAGUAAGAAUUCCACCGAAUCUAACAAUGACCACCAAGUAGCUCAUACCAUCCUGAAAUCCUCAUGCAGUAGUACAUUGUACCCGCACCUGUGCUUCUCAGCAUUAUCAGCUGUACCAGAUGCUAAAAGCAAGAUAAAGAGCAAAAAGGAUGUAAUAGAUCUGUCGUUGAAUCGAACCAUGUCCGCUACCCAGCAUAGCUAUUACAAAAUUCAGAAACUCACCUCUACCCGAAGGAGCUUCACAGAGCGACAAAACACUGCCCUCCAUGACUGUCUAGUAAUGUUAAAUGAAACUCUAGAUCAACUCUCCAAGGCUUAUCAGGAACUCCAAGACCAUCCAUCUUUAAAAAAGUCCUCAUCAGUACACGCUGAUGACCUCAAGAUUCUACUCAGUGCUGCAAUGACUAACCAAGAAACUUGCCUUGACGGUUUCUCUCAUGACAAAGCAGAUAAAAAGGUUCGUGAACUAUUUAUAGAUGAAGAAAUGCAUGUUUACCACAUGAGUAGCAUUGCAUUGGCAAUAAUCAAGAACGUAACUGACACGGACAUGGCUAAGGAGCAAGCUCUAUCGUCAGGCAGGAAGCUUGAAGAGGAAAACGGAACAGAAUGGCCUGAAUGGUUGUCAGCAGGGGACCGGAGGCUGCUGCAGGCAACAACUGUGACUCCUAAUGUUGUUGUGGCCGCGGAUGGGAGUGGAAACUACCGGACAGUGUCUGAGGCAGUGGCGGCUGCACCAGAAAGAAGUAGUAGCAGAUACAUUAUAAGGAUUAAAGCAGGGGUUUAUAGAGAGAAUGUGGAUUUGCCAAGGAGUAAAACCAAUAUUAUGUUCAUGGGUGAUGGAAGGACAACUACUAUCAUUACUGCUAGUAGGAAUGUGGUUGAUGGCAGCACCACAUUCAACUCUGCAACUGUUGCUGCUGUUGGAGACGGAUUCUUGGCCAGGGAUAUAACAUUUCAAAAUUCAGCAGGACCAUCAAAACACCAAGCUGUUGCAAUUCGUGUGGGAUCAGACCUCUCAGCAUUCUAUAGGUGUGGCAUGAUAGCAUACCAGGAUACCCUCUAUGUACAUUCACUUCGCCAAUUCUAUGUUAGUUGCAUCAUAAUUGGCUCUGUAGAUUUUAUAUUUGGUAACGCAGCAGCUGUAUUCCAAGACUGUGACAUACAUGCCCGUCGCCCCAAUCCAGGCCAAAAGAAUAUGGUUACAGCACAAGGCCGCAAUGACCCUAAUGAAAACACAGGCAUAGUAAUCCAAAAAUGCAGGAUUGGUGCAACUCAAGAUUUGCUAGCCGCGAAGAGCAGUUUCCGUUCAUAUUUAGGCAGACCAUGGAAGCUGUACUCAAGAACUAUCAUAAUGCAGACAGAGAUAAGCGAUAUUAUAGACCCUGCUGGUUGGUUUGAGUGGGAUGGUGACUUUGCUCUCGAUACAUUGGUCUAUAGAGAGUAUCAGAAUACUGGACCAGGAGCUAACACUGCCAAUAGGGUGAAUUGGAAAGGUUUCAAGGUGGUUUCUAGUGCGAUUGAGGUACAGCCCUUUAUUGCUAGAAAUUUCAUUGGUGGGGCUAGUUGGUUGCCUUCCACUGGUUUUCCUUACUCUCUUGAUCUUUAAUUUCAAAGCUCGAUGUAUCUAUUUAUCUUAAGUUGCAUGUAUCUUGUGCUUGUUGUACUGGAAUCAAGUUCUCGAUGGAAGAUAAACUUUAUUUCCAGAAUCUAAUAAUGUUGCAUGUAUAUUUUUAAUUAAAUCCAUGCACUAUCCACAUAAA